AGGGGCUCCGAGUGCACUCCCACCGCUGGCACGUCGGAGUACACGAAACAAACGCCGAUAAGAGCACAGGUGUGAGCGCGGCGCACACGUCCGGUCAGCUAGCGGCAAGGCAAGGCCCACACAUCAGAAGAUGGUUCCAGCGGUUAUCAUCGUCUCGCUGCUUCUGGCGUUUGCAGGGCGUUCAGCGUCUCAAGAGCAGGACUGCAGCAAAACUGUGCUGUGCUACGAGAAGCUGAGGAAGGAGACUGUACGGAAUGUAGACGCCCUGCCAGGUCCGGAACCAACAUCAGCGAAACUGGCCUCCUACAAGCGCUUCUGCGACCUCGUGGCCCCCUCUUCCUCGCCGUGCAGCACAUUUGAAGACUUCAAGGAGUGCCUCAAACGUCCCGAAAUGGAAGCGCGCGAAAAAGUCUACAAUGAGCUCAGGGGCUUCGUCUGCGCCAGCGACAACGCGACCUGGACGCAUUUCAUGGGCAUCAUGUUCUCUAAAACCAAUGACUCAUGCAAGGGCGCCAUGGACGCGACAAAACAAGUACUUAAGGGCGACUUAGACAAAUGCGGAAUGGUGGAGCAGCUGUUCGACGAGUGCGCGACGCAGAGGCAUUUGCCGACCGAGGUGCUGAAACCCGGCAUGGAGCUCCUCGGCUGCAGGCAAGAGCAACCUAUUAUUCCCAGUAAGUGCGCACCCAGCCCCUCGUCGCCGAUCGCGAGAAGUCGCCACACAAGCUUCCCGCCGCUGUAA